UUCAAAUAUAGACGCCCUAGUUUAAACAUCUAAGAUUUUAACAUCAUUGUAUAAAUAAUAGUACAAUAAUUUAAAUGAAGGUAGUCAUAUCUAUGAUAAGUAACGCAUAAAUCAGAGAUUGGCAGUUGCUGUCAAGAGCCGGGUGGAGUGCGCGGGAAUUACGGUUUCACUUCGUUCAAAAAUUCACCACGCUGCGUAAAUCCGUGAUCAAAGUUAUGAAGAUCAAAUUGCCCCGCGAUCGUUUUCCGUCGACGUCGUCGACGGAUGAGAACGAGAGCGGCACCGAUUGGGACGUGGGCAGCGCACGGCCCCCGCCACUGCUGCACCAGCGCCAACCACCACCGCCGCAGAUUUCGCAGGCAAUUAUCGUGGGCUCGGUGCGCAAACGGCGCGGUAACUUGCCCAAGCACUCUGUGAAGAUAUUGAAGCGGUGGCUAUACGACCACCGGUACAACGCGUACCCCAGCGACGCGGAGAAGCUGGCCCUCAGUCAGGAAGCCAACCUCACUGUGCUGCAGGUUUGCAAUUGGUUCAUAAAUGCACGCCGGCGCAUCCUCCCGGAGAUGAUCAGGCGUGAGGGCCACGACCCGCUACAUUACACGAUCUCACGCCGCGGCCGCAAGCAACCGAGCGCGAUGGGCGGGGUCGGGCCCAUGGUGAGCAUGAACAGUGCAUCCACAUCGGGCAUCGGUAUGAACCCGUCCGGGAACAUAACUGUUACAACGUGGGACGGCGUGAUUGUCGAGAACCAAGCGGAUAUCCACAACGGCUAUGGUGACGGGCUGUUGGUGUACCGAAGCGAGGGAGACGAGCUCGCGGACCACGAGGAGGGGUACUCGAGCGCCAUCAGCGAGGAGGAGGUGAAGUACGACCCCUCCGUCUGGCAGUCCGUCAUACGGUGCGGGCCGGAGGACACUGACCUGCAUCCGGCUUCCAGAACGGCAUCUGUAGUAACUGUAACAACAACAGAAGAGCCUCUACAGCCAAUUGAGACCAAUAACGAGUCGUGGCAUCCCCUACCGCACCCGCAGCUGGCACACCUCCCGCAGCUGCCGCACCCGCUGCACCCGCGCAGGAUGCAGGCGAUGCCGAGGCUUAGUGACAGAGACCAGGACAAGUUCAAGUGCUUGUAUUUGCUCGUGGAAACUGCGGUGGCGGUUCGUCAGCGGGAGAAGGAACAAGAGACGAUACUUCCUGUCUAGUUUUCAUUGCUAUACAUACAUAUCGUGUUAGGAUAAGGUGGAUUUAAAAAGAUUCUUAUCAGCGAUUCUUUUACUACUACAGUAUACUUUUACUAUUACAGUAUUCAAUGUUUUUAAAUCGAAGGUGUCAGAGGCUAUUUGCAAAAUGUUGAUUAUAAAGAAGUGUUCUACUUUUUUGACGAUGCCAUGACCUUUUUACCACUUGAUCGUUUGAGCAAAACACUGCCUAGUUGCUUACACAUUUAUCUACCACCGAUCAUUAUAGCAUAGUAUCGCAUAUUGCAUGAGCGAGUUGCUUUGCUUGAUUUGACCUGCUUGUUAUUUGCUGCUUGUUAAAAGCAACUGAGGAUGCCAUAUACUAGAGAAAUUUCAGGUAUGGGAAUAUAUGAAGGAUGUUUCCAUGUCUAUAAGCAAUGAUUACGACUUUCUAUUAGAUGAAUUGUCAGCUUUUAACUAUAGAAAUUCCAUAGCUACUCUUCCAUGACGAAAUGGUUCUAUUGGUAUAAAAAAAUCUGCUCGUCAUCUAAUAUUACGUAGAGGUUUUUUGUCAGUAAUUUUGGAACCACGAAUCAUUACCAAGAAAUAUUUCACUAAUAGAAAUUUAUCUAUACCUGAGUACCUAUAAAACUGACUUUCUACAGAACAAAAGAUGCAGACAAAACCGUGUUAUUAGAAGUACUUUAAGUUCUUAUUUUUAUGUUAAGCAAAUAUAAUUUAGGUUUAAGGCAUUGUACAGUCGUGUUUAAGUUAAUAUUUUCUAAUAACUCAUCAAUCAUUAAAAUAAACUGAUGUCUACA